AUGGAAAACUGUUCCUCUGCUAAAGUCCCAAUGGCCUUUCGAUAUAAGAUUUCUGUUGAUCCUUCCGGAGAAUUAGUAGAUCUCAAAACUUAUAGAGAAAUAAUUGGCUCACUGAUGUACCUUACUGCAAGCCAACUAGACAUUGUCUUUGCAACAGGAGUAUGCGCAAGAUACCAAGCCGAUCCGAAAGUAUCUCAUAUGACCGCAGCCAAGCAGAUUCUCAGGUACUUAAAGGUCAACAAGUCUCUAGGCCUCUGGUAUCAUGCAGGGAAUGAUUUCAGCCUACAAGCAUUUACUGAUGCGGAUCAUGCUGGAUGUAGAUUGGAUAGAAAAAGUACUUCCAGUGGAUGUCAGUUUCUAGGUGGAAGACUCAUCAGCUGGUCAUCAAGGAAACACAACUGUGUCCCACUAUCUACUGCUUAA